CGCAGAGUUUGUGACACCGUCAGAUCGAGCAGGAGAGAUUCUUCCUGCGUCUUUUUUGUUUUUGUCGUGUAAAAGUCCGCGUGCAUAAAAACACGUUUUAGCUCCGAGCUGAAACCUCCGAUCUGUGAUUAACUUGGAGUACCGAGCUAAAGCCGCUGUGAUGAUAAUAAUAAUAAUUCCCCAGAGGAACUGACGGAAAAGCGCGGACUCACCUGGAACUGAACUCACGUGACUGGCAGGACGGAGUGUAACGUCACGGUUGGCCAACACAUUUUCCUCUGACGAACCCGGAAGUUGUUCGCCAGUCUCCCUCUGACUGAAAGCAGGCUAGCAGCUCUGACUCCUGUAACCUCCAGUUUGUUGGAUUGAGUCUGCUUCAGCCCCUGACAUCACCAUCUCCCCUGGUGUGAGUGUUGGUUAGGUGUGUGCGUGUUUUGGGGUGAUGUACUGUGCCUACCAGAAUCGGGAAGAGUUGGAGGAUGAACUCUAUCAAGAGGAUGAAGGGGACACUGAGGGGUCAGAGGUCAACAGCGAGCUGGAGUUCCGCCUCUACAGCCAGCUCCACUACUCCUCUAAUGCAGAAGGUCUAGAGGACAGAGGAGAGGAGGCGGAGGGCCAGGACAGCCAGCUGCUUGAGGCGCCUGAUGGAGAACAGGAACAAACUGGAGAAAGUCGGCCUCCGUCACCUGAUUUGAGCAAGUUACUGCAGCACCUGGAGGAGAAGCAGAAGAAGAAGAAAGAACAGAAACUUGAUAACCAGAAGAAGAAAGAAAAGAUUGAUAAACAGAAGAAGGGGAAAAUUAACUCUAAAAAUCAGAGGGCGUCGUCAUCAUUCUUUGAGGAGGUCAUUGUGAUUGACUCGGGCACUGAUGUCAUCUCCAUCUCUGAGGACGACACUGCUGCUGAUGAUGAUGAAGACGGUGUCUGCAACUCAAAGGGCAGAGGAACACAGCGGCAGCAGACUUCCACCCCGGCUCCACAGGGGAGCCAGAAAAGGAGUCACAGUGAGCCGGUGAAUGUGGUCUCCAGCAGCUCGGAGUCUGAUUCAGAAGAAUCAAAGUCUGACUCGUCUGAUUCUUCUUCUGACUCGGAUGCUCUGGAGAACUGGAUGAUCCUGGGUCGAGGGCAGCAGGACGGAGACCACAGCAUCUCACUCAACCUGGAGGGAGGGUCUGACAGCAACGAAGAUGCUGAAGAACAUGAGGGCAGCUGGGUGGUUUCUUCUAAGGACAGGGAGGCUCAGAUCUAUAACAGGGACAAGGGUGCCAGGAUAACAGGGCAGCGGUUGUCAAACAGAUACUACACGAGCAAGAACGUCCAAUGUAGAAACUGCAACAAGAACGGACAUCUCUCCAAGAACUGCCCUGAGCCCAAAAAGUUGUCGCCCUGCUUCCUUUGUGGCACCCCAGGCCACCUGGUCAGCGAAUGUCCCAAUAAGCACUGCAACAACUGCGGUCUGCCCGGACACCUCUUCAACUCCUGCAGCGAGAGAGCGUACUGGCACCAACGCUGCGAGCGCUGCAACAUGACGGGGCAUUUAUUUAAUUCUUGUCCGGAGAUCUGGAGACAGUAUCACAUCACGAGUAAGACAGGUCCUCCUGUAAAGCAGCGUGGAGCAGACCGAGGACGAACUCCUGCCUACUGCUACAACUGUUCCAGGAAAGGACACUUUGGCCAUAUGUGUAAACAGCACAGGAUGUUCAACGGGACGUAUCCCAGCACCCCAUUCAUCAACUACUACGACACGGUGAAGGACAUCAAAUGCAGACAACACUGGAUAAUGUCGAAGGUUAAAGAACUGAAGAAAAAUGGCUUCCUAUCUGGCCGUUGUCAGACCCCUCUCACUCCGGGACCACCCAGGAAGAGACAGAAAACCAGCUAUCACAAAGGCAACCACCAAUCUAACCACACACCUCGCCAAAGCCCUCACGACCAUAAACCUAAAGGCAGCCAUAUCUUUUUUGGUGAUGAUUACUAUGGGGCCACAACACCCAAACAGAAUAGGUACAAUAAGCACAAACAACAGGAAGGCUCUGGCAAGGUGAAGCCGUGGAAACCCAAGAGACCAGUACCCACCUCAAGAGACUCUCUUCCAAAAUCUAAACUCAUUUUGGAUGAAGCGGCUGACUUUCCCAGAGGUGGAAGCAAAGGAGAGAACAUGAAGAGGAAGAGGGUGAAGAAAAAGAAGCAAGCUUUCACAACACAAGAAGGACACAAAACUGGACCUGGAGGGACCCCGGGGCCCGUGUCAAACAAAGAGAAAGGAAAGAAGAACAGGAGAAAUCGAGCCCGCCCGAACCCGGACAAACAGGGUGCUGCUCAGAUGUACCCAACGGAUGAGAACCUGUUUAUCAUCAAACAGAGGAAACGCAGCAGAUAGCAUCCGAUUGUGAGACAUGAAGGUGUCAGGCUCAUGACCAGUACAUACAGCAUAUGUGGUCAUAACGUUUGGAGACGUGUCAGACAUUUUGGUAACUCAGGUCUCGCUGCAAAACGGUCAAAGUGCUGCUUUAUGGGAGUCAUAGGCCUUUUUCACAGAAGUGGUUUUGACAGAGCAGGAAAACCACAGGUGUAAAUAAUGAAAAUGAAUUAUGUCUGACUUUGUCUGCUUUAGUUUUGGAGUCCUGCUCUGUGUGUGUUGGCUCACUGUCACACCAUCAGGACUUUGAAUAAAUCAUAGCCAUUGUUGAAGGAUUCACAUUUUUUUUAAAUCUGUCUUGAAGCAAUAGUCAGGCGUCCAUAUGGACAUUGGAACAGGUUUUUCUCACCAUGAUUAUCCCUCCUGUUCAUACUGAUCCCAUACUGGAUUCCCUUCCUAAUCCACUUUCAGUAUAACUGAUGGGCGACAAAUCUUAUAGUCAUUUUGUGGAAAACCGAUUCAAAAGUUUACCUUAAACUAAAAUACGGUUUCAGCAAUCUGAGUUGACAAAUCAAAUCAAAAUAUCUUCUGUUUGCUAUAAUCUCUCCACUGCAGUUUAACAAGGAAACAAAAGAAGGGAAUUUUGUACUAAAGUGACCAUAACUUUGGAAGACAUGCACUUUAUUUGUCAAUAAAAUCAGAUUCUGACAUCUGUAUUUCCAAAUCAUAUUUUCUCCCUCUGUGAGACUGUCGUUUAUUUCCCAUCACAAAUAUUUCCUGUCCCUUUUGAAACGGACCCACCCUAACAUAGAGAUUUUAGAUCUAACCACAGUCUAUGUCAGGGUGGGUCUGCUUCUAAUCUUUGAAAUUGUGGAUUUUGACCCCCGUCACCUACAUUAGAAGUACUUUCUUUUAGUGUCCAAUAUUAACAGCAGGGAUGAUUAUAACAAGUAAAACCUGUUGAAAUGUUCAUAGUGCACCUGAUUAAUGUUUUUUGACCAACCUGAAAAAUGUCAAGCUAUCCUUUUUAGUUCUACCUGGGAUUUUCCUACUAUGACAAGCCAAGAUGUCUAUGAAAAAUGUUUUCUGUGUUCAAUACUGGAGUCUGGGCUGCUUUUUCACAUUUUCCACUUGUGGUCAGUGUGAGAAGCCAGUUAAGAGGUCAUACACUCACUUCAUGAGUUAUUUAAGGCAACAAGUCAUCUCCACACUCCCAUUCUCUAUUAAACAGGAUCACUUGCAUUACUUAUUGUCAUAUAGGAACAGAAUCAUUUGGAUGCAUUCAAUUCAGUCCAUUGCUCAAUAAGUAAUAGUUCAAUUUGAUGUUUUGACAUCAUGUCAUUUAUUUGGUCACAUUGGUUUUUGCACAUUGCAAAUUUUCAAUCACAAGCAGACGCUGCUCUUUACGGAGAAGUACAGUCAGAAGAGUAUUAAAGUAUUCAUAGUGCCUCUGCUGUGAAAACAGUCUUAAAGUUGUUGCUGCUGUUUGCAGAUGGAACCAAAGAAUGUUUUUUUUUUAAUACUCUUAAAAAUUGUCUCUUUCCAUUUAGAACUGAAGGGAUGCCUUUUUUUCUAUGACUCAUUCAUAUGUAAAUUAUCUAAAUAUAUGAACAUACUGUAAAUACCUCUUUCACAUGUUUGAUGCAGAUAGAAUUAAUCACUGACAUGCAGCCCGCACAGUAUUAACUUUUAACCAUCCACUAUUUAAAUUCAGCUCUACAUUUAAUUUGUUGUGGUUCUAACAUGAUAAAACCUUAACAACAUAAUGUGAAAGAAAAUGACAUUGUUCCUUGAGAAUAUGAAUACUGGCUACCUGAAGUGUCUUGGAUGAAUCCAACUUGAAUCUGCUCUGUUUGAAUUAUUAUUUCUGUUGCUAUGAAGAUAAUUCAGUUGUGUGCUUCAUGUAAGACAUAUUCACACUGGUUUAUUCAUACUUAUUUACAUUGCAUUUUCUGAUGUAAUUUAGUCAAUCAUACAUUAAAUUGAUUUGAUUCCA